AUGCCCCACACUGUGGCAUUCCUGCUCCUCCUAACCAGUGGGGCUGAGGCCUUUCGUAUCUGUGCCUUCAAUGCCCAGAGACUGACUCUGGCCAAGGUGGCCAGGGAGCCCGUGUUGGACACUUUGGUGCAGAUCCUGGCUCGUUGUGACAUCACGGUGCUGCAGGAGGUGGUGGACUCCUCGAGCAGUGCUAUUUUCCUCCUGCUCCGAGAACUCAACCGACAUGACAACUCGGGGCCCUAUGACUCCUUAAGCAGUCCCCUGCUGGGGCGUAGCACCUACAUGGAGAAGUAUGUGUACAUAUACAGGUCAAAAAGGACCCAGGUGCUGGAGUCCUACGUGUACAACGACCAGGACGACCUCUUCGCAAGGGAGCCCUUCGUGGCCCGGUUCACCCUGCCCAGCAAGGUCCUGCCCAGCCUUGUGCUGGUCCCACUGCACACCACGCCAAAGGCCGUGGAGAAGGAGCUGAACGCCCUGUAUCAAGUGUUUGUGGACGUCUCCCAGCGCUGGCACCGUGAGGACGUGAUCCUGCUUGGCGACUUCAAUGCUGAUUGCGCUUUUCUGACCAAGAAGCGGAUAAGGGAGCUGGUGUUGCGGAAACAGGCAGGCUUCCACUGGGUGAUCGCUGAUGGGGAGGACACCACCGUGAGGGCCAGCACACACUGUGCCUACGACCGCAUUGUGCUGCACGGGGAGCGCUGCAGCGGCCUGCUGCGUGCUGCCACAGCCUUCAACUUCCCUGAGAGCUUUGGGCUUUCAGAGGAGCAGGCUCUCAACAUCAGUGACCACUACCCUGUGGAAGUGGAGCUGAGCCAGGCGGUGCCCGGGAACCAGCCCCUCAGCCCGCUGGCCCUGCUGCUAGCCGUGCUGCCCUCACUCUGGCUGUCUCAGCUGGGUUCUGCCGCCUGA